GUUUUAUUUAUGGAAAAGAGAAAACUGAGCUCUCCAGAGAAAAAGCCAGCCUAACCCACUCUUUUACUCCUUCCUUCACUGAUUUCACAGCUCUCUCACUCUUCUCUUCGUCCUUUUCGCCUUUCAAUUCCUCUCUCUUCCCUUCCGUUGUGUACCUCUCUCGCUCUAUCUCUAGAACUGGGGCUUCGUGGUGGUGGGGUUUCUUUCACUUGUAGAAUGUGAAGGCGAAACCCUAGCUAGAGGGCGAGGUCCUUUCUUAUCUAGCUUUUGUUUCCUUUCUCUUUCGAAGGUUUGAAGAUCCGGACGGUUGUCUCGGCGGUCGAUGGGGAAUUGCUGCAGAUCUCCGGCGGCCGUAGCCAGGGAGGACGUGAAGUCGAGCUUCUCCGGCAAUGAUCACGCCAAGAAGGACGCGGUCUCGGGCAAAAGUAAACCGCCGAUUACUGUGCUCACCGAUGUCGCGAAGGAGAAUAUCGAGGAGAGAUACCUGGUCGAUCGGGAGCUCGGCCGCGGCGAGUUCGGGGUUACCUACCUGUGUAUCGACAGGGAGAGCCGGGACUUGCUGGCCUGCAAGAGCAUUUCGAAGCGGAAGCUAAGGACGGCGGUGGAUGUCGAGGAUGUGCGGAGGGAAGUGGCGAUUAUGAAGCACUUGCCCCGGAAUUCGAGUAUCGUGAGCUUGAAAGAGGCUUGCGAGGACGACAAUGCCGUGCAUUUGGUGAUGGAGCUGUGCGAAGGCGGGGAGCUCUUUGAUCGGAUUGUGGCCAGGGGUCAUUAUACGGAACGGGCCGCUGCUGCUGUCACUAGGACUAUUGUGGAGGUUGUGCAGCUCUGCCACAAGCAUGGUGUGAUUCACAGGGACUUGAAGCCCGAGAAUUUCUUGUUCGCGAAUAAGAAAGAGAAUUCGCCUCUCAAGGCCAUUGAUUUUGGUCUGUCUAUUUUCUUCAAGCCAGGCAAAGCUUACGAGUCUCAAAGUCGACACGUGCUCAUUUGAAACUUGGGAUUGAAGUUAGGCUGGUGUGUUCUUGCUAGGACUUCAGAUUCAGUGUGAAUAAGUAGUUCUAUUCUCCUUUGUACAAUGGCUGUCUCCUAUCUAUGGCAAAGUACACUCCAGACUCCAAGGAUGUCGCGUGAAUUGGCCAAGUUGCCGAUCUGUGGGCAGAUAAUUCUUUUCCCUAUUCCGUUCCCUUGGUUUUCUGCUGUUACAAGUAUAGCAUUUAUUUGCUGAUGGAGAUGCUUGUGGGGCUACCGUGAAAUGAUAAAAGCUGUUGAAUUCCUUGGGAAGUUACAUAGCGGAGCAAGUUGCUAGAAACUUGGUGCCCUUUGAGCUAGCAAUGCAUCAAAAGGCUUUGCUGAAGCCAUCUUUUAGUUUUGCUCUACCUUGAUCUGCUUUGAACUUUCGUCCAAGUAUAUUCUUGCUGCAUAUCAAGAGCAUAUCUGUUAGUUCUUGACAUGUACUGCUGCAAUAACACCUCCUUUUGCAUGGGAUACAUGGUGUUAAUAGCAUGUCAUUCAAUUGAUUAUGGUUUUCAAUACCAGUUACCUGCCUAACCUAUAACUUUUGUAGGUGAGAGAUUCUCUGAAAUUGUUGGAAGUCCAUAUUACAUGGCCCCAGAGGUGCUUAAGCGGAACUAUGGGCCUGAAAUUGACAUAUGGAGCGCAGGGGUUAUCCUCUACAUAUUGUUGUGUGGAGUUCCUCCAUUUUGGGCUGAGUCUGAGCAAGGAGUUGCACAAGCCAUCCUCCGCGGGAUCAUAGAUUUCAAAAGGGAUCCUUGGCCAAAUAUUUCAGAAAGUGCUAAGAGUCUGGUUAAGGCAAUGCUAGAGCCAGACCCAAAACUUCGGUUGACUGCAAAGCAAGUUCUCGGAGAUGUCGUAAAAUCAAGGCUUAAACAGUUUUCUAUGAUGAACAGGUUCAAGAGAAAAGCCUUACGGGUGAUUGCGGACUUCUUAUCUGUUGAAGAGGUUGAGGACAUUAAAGAAAUGUUCAAGAAGAUGGACACUGAUAAUGAUGGUAUUGUCUCAAUUGAAGAACUAAAAGUUGGUCUUCGUAACCAAUCCCAGCUUGCAGAACCCGAAGUUCAAUUGUUGAUAGAGGCUGUAGAUACAAAUGGGAAAGGCACGCUAGACUACAGCGAGUUUCUAGCAGUUUCCCUCCACCUACAAAGAAUGGCACACGACGAGCAUCUGCGGAAGGCCUUCUCCUACUUUGACAAGGACGGGAAUGGUUAUAUCGAACCAGAGGAGCUCCGGGAUGCUCUAAUGGAAGAUGGAGCAGAUGAUUGUACAGACGUAGCAAAUGACAUCUUCCAAGAAGUGGAUACUGACAAGGACGGGAAAAUCAGCUACGAUGAAUUUGCAGCGAUGAUGAAGACGGGGACAGACUGGAGGAAAGCUUCUCGACAUUACUCGAGAGGGAGAUUCAACAGCUUAAGCAUCAAGCUAAUGAAGGAUGGUUCACUGAACCUGGGGAAUGAGUGAAGGGAUUGAAGAAAGGAAGGGAGUCCAGCUGGUUGGGAGGUUUAUUGAGCACAUGGUCACCUGAAUACACAUUGCUUAAAUAGUCGCUUAUUUUUUCUCUGUUUUUUUCCCUCUCUGAUUAAUGGGUAUUUGGUGAGUGUGGGCUUCUUGACGAUGUGGGCGGAGUGGGAGAUGGAGGCAGCCCAUCGGGCCUUAGGCCUUAUAACCCUUGCUGUUGGUAUAUGCAAAGGCGUUAAUUGUGCAGAAAGUUUGGGCCGGGUCUUUUGCUUGCUUGAUGAUUCCUUCUUCAGUUCUUCUCCCUGUUUUUUUUUUUUUUAGUUAUUUGGCUUUUGGGACAAAAGUUGGAACGUUUUUGUUUCUUAAUAUUGGUUCAUGAUUUAAGGGUGUCUGUGGAAUGGAAUGGGUGGGUCAUGUGUAGGUUGUAGUUAUUAAUUAUAUAUUGUGAUUCUUGGCAAAGCGAAAAUUCGAGGGGAUUGUGGAAGGAUACAUUAUUAUUAGUAAGUAGGUUCUUCUCAUUUUUGUAUCCUCCUUUCUUCACCAUUGUUGUUGUGCCAUUUGACCUGUCCACUAGUAGUAAAUAGUAAUAGUAAAUCUCCUCUGUAAAAGAGAAAGUGGGCAGUAACCAUGAAAAGAAGUGCUUUUGGGUUUGUCCCCACCGCCACCACGUGUGCUCUGCUCUGCGCCUUCCUGCUCUGCCCGCCUCUCUAGCUAUGCCUUCGUGUUUGGCUAC